AUGGACUUUCUACUUCACUUGAACGCUUACCACGCACUCAAGAAUCAAUCUCAAACUUCCGAAACGGAAAGUGUUUUAACUAAACGACAACUUCAGCGAACUGAAAAACAAGCUAGAAAUGAUCAUCUAGAACUUGUCAAACAAAAACAGUCGCUUCAAAGUUAUCAAGAAGAAUUGCAAACUAGGUACAGAGUCUUGCAACAAAAAUUGCAAACACAACAACGUGAGCAUGAGCAAAUGAAAAUCGAUUUAAACAGCAAAAUUGAGAACCUCAUUAAGGAUGGCAAAACUAUGGAACAAAAUUUUGCAUUGCUCACCAAGCAAAAAGAUGGAGAUAUUGAAAAUUUAAGAUCUAGAAUGGAUAUUGAGGCCAAGCAACAUUCGAUCUUGAAGAAAGAUUUAGAGCAAACCAUCGAAGAACUAAAAAGGCAAAUAUCUGAGAAGGAGAAGAAAAUAGAGUCUCUCAGUUCUGAGAUUCUUUCCCUACAAGAAAAGCUUCAAGAAACAAUUACAACAAGCAAGCAUGAAAUUGAGACAUUGGAGCACCAAACUGCCACACUUCAUUCUGAGCUUGGAGAAUUGAAAUUAUCGUUCGUGACUGAAAAAGAAAAUUUGAUGAAACAAAUUUCAGAUACCGAAUCUCAAUUAAUUAUGGCACAGCAAGAACAUUCAUCUCUUCAAUCAACCUAUAACUCUACUCUCCAAGAUUUACACAAUAUCACGCAACAGUUAGAGGGAAAGAGUGAAGAAAUCAGCGCCAUUAACUCCCAACUGUCGACAUCACAGUCGGAAGUAUCUAGAUUGCAAAAUGAAGCUUUAACGACAAAGAACAAAUUAGAAGCAACAGAAAAAACAGUGGCUUCACUCACAAAACAGUUGCGAGAAAAUCAAGAUCAGCUCAACGAAAUUCAAAAAUCACUUUCCAAUAAGGAAUCCGAGUUACAACGUUCAGAAAACUCUCUGUCAGAACUCAGAGAGACACUCCUUCAAAAAGAGAGCCAAAUACAAAAGGAAGAAAGCGAAUUUCGUGCUCUGGAAAAUUCUCUCAGACAAGAGGCAUCAUCUCUUAACACACAAGUUUCUAACUUAAAGUCACAACUCGAAAGUCUCGAGAAAGCCAAGCAAAAUCUGCAAGAGGAAAAAGAACAGGAAAUUACUCUGCUUCAAUCUAAUAUUUCUCAAAAACAAAAGAACAUUGAAGAAUUGGAAAGAGAGAAAGAACAAAUCUUACACGAUAUGAAACAAACAACAGAGACAUUGAACAGUCGUAUUUCUGCACAGGAGCAUGAUCUCAAAUUGCAAAAGGAGCAGAGCAACUUUUUGAAAGAAAAUCUCGAACAUACAAUAUCUGAAUUACAAAAUACCAUAAUGAAACGAGAAGAAGAGAUUCAAAAGGCCAGCGAGGAUCAUCACGAAAAAGUGGAAGAACUUCAACUCUCUAUUAACACCUUAACUCAAACUUUGUCACAGAAAGAGACAGAAAUAUCACGUCAACGUGUUUCAUUUGAAUCUCAAACUGAUACACUGAAUAACCAAAUUGAAGAGUUAAAGAAGAAUCUUGCCAAGAAGGAACUCGAGCUCUCUCGAAAAGAGCAAGAAAAAACACAAGAAAUUGCAGAGCUCAAUAACACUCUUGAUCACAUGAGAAACAUUCUGAGCAAAAAGGAGGAAGGGCUUCAUGAAAAAGAAGAGGAAGCUACCUCAUAUAUCGAAGGGUUAAAUAAGAUUAUUAAUGACCUACGAAAUACCAUCACUAACAAGGACACAGAAUACAAGAGACUUGAAGAGGAACACAAAAAGGAAGUGGAUACACUCAAUGAUAUCAUCUCACAGCUCAGAUCAGAAAUAUUGACUCUCAAAGAGAAAGAUCUUCAACGAGAAGAGACCAUUAAUCAGUUGACAAUGGAAAUUUCCAAGCUCAACACUGAGAAAGAGAGCAUGGCUACCAAGGAAGAAAACAAAAACAAAAAGGAGGAGAACUCAUUGAAAGAAAAGCUCGACGAAGCCUCAAGAAAUGUCACCAGAUUGCAAUCCUUGUUAGAUAAGGAGCGUGAAGAUAAGGUGAAGCUAAGCAAUGAGAAGACUAAGCUUGAAAAUGAUGUCAAGAAGGCUAUGUCACUACUCACGAGUAGCAACAAUAAUCAUGCUCAUGAAACAACUCUUAAUUCUACAAUCAACAACAAGAUUCAAGCGUAUGAUGAAAAAAUCAAGGAACUAUCAAAUACUCUUACAAAGGUUCAAAAAUUGUACCAAGAAAAGGUCACGAGACUCGUCAAAGAGAAGCACACGAUGCAAACCGAGCUCAACAAACAAACAGUCACAACAACCAAUGGAACUGCAACAAAACCAAACGUUGUCACUCCUGAAGUACCUGCCGUACAUAUUUUCAAUCCAAUUGGAACUCCAAUUUCCAAAACCAAUGCAUCAAGCCACGACGCUCCAGAAACACCUCCAAAGCAAAUCUCCACUCCUGUCACUCCCAAUGUAAACACUCCAUCUACACCAAACUCUACCACAACAUCCACACCUCCUGUUGCUCUCUCUCCAGCCAUCCAAUUCCUUCUCAGAAUGAAGCAAGAAGGUUUCAAACUUGAGGAAAAGCCAUACUAUUCCGAACUCAUGGAAACAAUGAAAGGCAAGUCAGUAAUGGCCCUAUUCAGAAGAGCACAACAAGCUAUGCCUGGUGAUUUAGAUCCAAAAGAUUUGUAUUACUACACUGAGAAGGCCAUCGGUAAAUGGAUCUCAACAAUUUGUAAAGAAGAAUACGACACUACUUGGACAUUAUACGAUAAUUUGAAAGAUGGUGGACUAUUUUGUAAAAUAGUGAAUAAUUACAUCUUCCCAGAGUACUCUAGCCCAUCCAACAACAACACUCCAGUGUGCCUUUUCAAGUUACCAGUGAACAAGCAAAUUGAACAGGAAAACGUUGCACAAUAUAUGAAGUUUUGUACAGUGUUGAACGUCAAGCCAUUGUUCACUUAUGAACAACUUGCAAAGACCUCAACAAGUUCCGCUGAGAAACAAGUGAUUUUACAAAAUUUGUGCAUGUUAUUCGAAUUGAGUAUGGUGUGUCAACAAAACAAGAAGAGAAAAUUCGAAUUUAUUGAAAUUUUGAAAAAGAACCUUUCCUCACGAACGAGCUUGGACCGAGUUUCGAGUACGACCACAUCUUCGACCACUUCAUCAACUGCAUCUAAUGGCACUCAUGACCACCCAGAAUCUGCCGAACACAACAAGAAAACGAGUCGAUUCAGUCUAAGCCCUGGCGGUUUGACUGGAAUUAAAGACACAAUCAAAGAUUCAUUCUUCAAGAACCUUACUCACCUUAAGGCAGGAAAAGAGACCACCAAACCAUUGAUUGAGGGAGAAGAAAAACCUGCAGAUGAAUACUUUGACUAG